UUCCUUUGGGAUCCAUAGAGAAAGCCAAAGAUUCAUCUUCUGCUUCGCGCCAAAAAUGUUCCCACCGACGAACUCUGGCCACGUCGCCGCGUUGCUCGUCUGCUGCCUACUAUGCGCGCUCGCGCCCCCUAGCGGCGCUGCCGAACUUCUCUGCUCCGUCUACGAGGAGCUACCGCCGGGCACCCUGGUGGGAAACGUGCGCGACGUCGUCAACAUCCCCACCAGCGUCGCCGGCAUUAAGUUCAACAUGCUGAAAACAGUCAACCGCAGCGAGCUGUUUCACGUCGACGGCGCCGGCAACGUGACGACGGCCGUCGUCAUCGACCGCGAGGCGCUGUGCGCGCAGAAGCCGACGUGCGUCUACGAUUUCGACAUCGCUGUGCUGCCGCUGCGUCACUUCGAGAUCGUGCGCGUUCAGGUGGAGAUACUCGACGUCAACGACCACUCGCCGACGUUCCCGCAACCCGAACUGCACGUGCAGAUAUCGGAGAACGCGCGCGUCGGCUACACGCUCCUGCUCGAGCCGGCCGGCGACGACGACGUACUGCACAACGCGGCGCUCACCUACGAGCUGAAGUCGGACGGACGAGGAUUCGCGAUACAGGUCAGCGAGGACGCGUUCGGCGGCACCGUCGUAGCGCUGGUCGUCACUAGGGAGCUCGAUAGGGAGGCAGGGAGAGCGGAGAAGGUGCAAAUCGUCGCCGCCGACCAGGGCGUGCCGCGUCGCACCGGCUCCGUCAUCGUCAACAUCGACGUCACCGACACGAACGACAACGCGCCCGUCUUCGAGAAGCAGCACUACGAGCGACAGAUCAUGGAGAACGUCGCUCCGUCGACGACCGUACUGCGCGUGCGCGCCACCGAUUCGGACCACGGCAGCAACGGCGUCGUCGAAUACUCGCUGUCGACGCGCAACACGAAGCAGAUUCGGGAGACGUUCGGUAUCAAUCCGGAAACGGGCGAACUGUUCGUGAAGGGUAUCAUCGACUACGAGCACAAGACCAGUCACCACGUGUACGUCGAGGCGACCGACAAGGGCGUCGAUCCGCUGAGCAGCGUUGCCAUAGCGACGAUCAACGUGAUGGACGAGAACGACAACACGCCGUUGAUUCGCAUGAACUUGUUAACGGCCGUCGACGGCGUCGCUUUCAUAUCGGAGAGCGCACCGGAAGGAUCGUUCGUCGCGAAGCUGUCGAUAAUUGACACCGACAGCGACGACAACGGUCGAGCUACCGGCGAGAUACUGCCCGGCGGUGCCGACUACUUCUCCCUGAAGCCGCUCUUCGUCAACGAGUACAUGCUGGUCACGUCGAAGCUGCUCGAUCGAGAAGCGAUGCCGGAAUACAACCUGACAAUCCGCGUACGCGACAUGGGCGAGCCGAGUCGGUCGUCGUCGGUCGUCCUGCGCGUCGUCGUCACCGACGAGAACGACAACCCGCCGUCGUUCAACCAGUCGCUGUUCGUCGCGCGCGUCGCCGAGAACAACGACGUCGGCCAGGUCGUCGCUCGCGUCGUCGCCACCGACCGCGACGAGGGACUGAACGCGAAGAUGCGCUACCACAUCCCGCCGCCGCACGAUAUCGCCUUCGGGAUCAAUCCUCUAACGGGAGUGAUCACGACGCGGGCGAGGUUCGACCGCGAGGAGACGCCGUCCAUCGACGUGAAAGUGAUCGCGAGCGACAGCGGCGAUCCGCCGCGCCUCGCGUCGACCGUCGUUCGCGUGCAGUUCGCCGACGUCAAUGACAACGCGCCGCAGAUGAAGCGCAAGUUCUACAGCUUCACGCUCGACGAGAACGAGCCGAUAUCGACGCUCGUCGGCUCCGUGCAGGCGACGGACGCCGACGUCGGCGACAACGGCGCCGUCGUCUACUCGUUCGACACGGCCGUGCUCGAGUUCAGCAUCGAUCCGGUCACCGGGGGCAUCUACACGAAUCGCAAGCUCGACCGCGAAAAGAAGGACACGUACACGUUCGUCGUGCGCGCGUCCGACCGCGGCGAGUCGCCGCGCCACGACCGUUCCAACGUCACCGUCUACAUCAGCGACACAAACGACAACAUUCCCGUCAUCAUCUUCCCGUCGGGCAGCGACAACGUCGUCUUCCUGCCCGAGACGGCGCCGGCGGGAAAAUCCGUCUGCGUCGCCACCGCCUACGACGAGGACGAGGGCGAGGACGGUCGCCUGAGCUUCGACAUCAUGGACGGGAACGGCUACAGCAUCUUCCGUAUCAACGAGGUUAGCGGGGAGAUCGUGACGACGCGGGCGCUGCGCGGAGACUGGAUCGGACUUCACAAGCUCAUCCUGAGCGCGCGCGACAACGGCACGCCGCAAAACGUCGCCAUGACGGUGCUCAACGUCAUCAUACAUCCGGGUAACGCGACGACCAACGAAACACUCAUGUACCUGCUCAGCUUGCACCUGAAGGAGGAUGUCGAUGAAGUCCCGCUCGCUCGUCCGGGAAACGUGAUGUUGAUGAUCAUCAUGGCCUGCGUGUCGGCGGCUCUCAUCGCCGCCGUCAUCAUCCUCGUCAUUAUGUACCGACGCAAGAGCCGGGAGAAUCUCGCCUACAACGUGCGCACAGAGGCGCAGCGCAUCUUCCAGGGCCUCAAGCGACGCAAGGCGUCGUCGGCGUCCGACAUCGAGGACGGACAGGGAGGGUUUGACGACGGCGGCGGAGAAGGAGGAGGAGGAGGAGGAGGAGGAGGAGGA